GUGGUUCCAACAAGGACGACAACUCCUGACUAUUACUGUGUAGCGCCCUUACCGAUGGACCCUACUCAUACAUAUGAACAAAAGAAACUGAUUUUAUAUACCAGAUUGCGCUCUACAUCAAGCGAUUUUUCCGCAAGCUCGUCUACAUUUUCCGCACGACGCCUUCGCGCUCCGUGGCGUCGAAAUCUCACUAACUUUUUUCCCACUGUUAGUAUGCCUCCAUCGCUACUACGGCGCAGGGGGACAAGUGCUGCGUAGAAGAUAAGCCAGUGCUUACUCAGUACACACUAUCCACUGUAACACUAUGAUAUAGAGCGCCAUCUAGUGUAUAAAACCAUUUGCAGCCAGUAUAAUUCGAUCAACGCAACACGGCGGCGAAGGCGUCUCAUGUUUAGUCCGCUCAAUAUUCUUUGAGCAUUGAUAGGUGUGUGUUUAUAACACGUAACAUCCAUAAUAUAACCCGCACACACAAAACAAAGACAAGCAUCGAUGCCAUACCGUCGUGUUGGAAAACAAGGCUGUUCAUAUGAAAACGAAAUUUCAACGCCAAAGAAAACCGAGGAAGAACUCCACUUGCUUCCUACACCAUUCCGUAACAAGUGUUUUAGGUUUCCUUCCUUUUUACCCUGAUCAAAGCCUUUCUUCAUCCGCAUAUGUGAGUAGGUUCAGCCCAUUUCAACCCUUUUCCUUUCUGGCCAUUAUAGACAAUAGUUUUAGCAGUUUGUUGUUAAGUUUGAGUUAAAGAUGUUGACUCUCUUGACCGUAUGUGAAUGAUUUGUGUGUAUUUAUCUGUUGCCCUUCACUUGUCUGUAGUAGCCAAUAAAUUGAUCGUUCUUUUAAGUUACAUCGUUAGCUUGAUUUUCGUUUAUUUGUUCUUUUUUUUCUCCUUCGUUCAUAGUGUACGUAAUGUCUUCGAUAACCUUCCCGUAUCAACGCUUGUAUUUUAUGUUACUUAUUUUUUCGUUUUUUCCUUUUCUUUCGUAAAUCGUACUACAGUUUAGUUUCAAACUGCGUUUAGGUGUAAGAAGAAGGGAAGACGGAAACAAGAUCGAAGGCGAAAUUUCAAAUUCAAACCAAGGGGUACCAUCGCAGGGUUGCUGCACACAAAGACAUUCUAACGGAUUGUGCCAUCAAAUAUUGGCCGUUGGAUUGGUAGAAGAACAUGCGAAAUCAAACAAAAAUGCUAUAUAUAAUGAUACAACAGAACAAAAAGAAAAACGCCAUGUACAAAGUAUAGAGAGAACGAGAUUUAGCGAACGAACACAAAUAAUGCUAGUGCUAGUGAUAAUGCUUUUCCACAUUUCAUCCCUUAAAACCGCGAACAUAAUGUUUAAAGCAACAAAUUUAAUCGAAUCUAGAGAAGUACGGUGCCGUUGAAAUAAACAUCUGAUUAAUUUAAUUAUCUUUUUUUUUGUAACGAGAAUAGAGAGUAACAAGAAGAGGCAAAAAAAAACAGAAAAACAACACAAAGCCAGAGCAAGCCACACGGAGGAAAUUGUAACUUAACAACUAAUGCAACAGCUAACAAAACGAAACGAAUUCACACUGCAGAGAAGGAGCGUGCCAGCAACGCAACACGUACAGUGGUGGUACCGCUACCCUCACGCAUACUGAUACAUGCAGAAUAGUGAAAUGCGCAAAUUGAUGAUAAUGAUGACGACUUCUAACUUGAUUUAAGGCGAAUUCAAUCGAAAGACACAAUCAUUUUAUAAUCAAAACAAUACUACAACAAGAACAAAAAAAUAAACAAGUGUAAUUUAAACGAAAGAUGUAAACAUAAAAAUAGUGACAAAACAACAGAAACUCGCGUGCAUUAUUAAACAAGGGCAAGGUGAAACGUAUGAUGCGGAUGCAACAAAAACAGAUAAAAAAAAACAAUAUAAGAAAAGCAAAUCGCUCAUAAACCCAAACAGCAGCACAACCCAAAUUCAUUAACAAAAGCAAAACAGUGCGACGAGCUAAGCGCUAAGAAAGUUGUGGUAAAAUGAGGUCUUGAGGGUAAGAGUAUAACACCUCUACGAACGAUAGAUAGUCCAUCAUACUAAACAAAACCAUAAACAAAAAAACAUUCAUUCACGCUAAACUGUUCACUCUUGGCUGCCGUUCGUCAUCUUUGCCGCAAGUGGCUGUGCGGGAUUGUUUUUUUUAUAGAGCUCCUUCGGCUCCCUAGUCUCGGUGUGUUUUGCCAGCAAAAUAUGUACGUUAGUGUGUCGAUUUCGGUUAGUGUCGCGUAUCACUUAGUAUCACUGCGGCUGUGCGUCUUUCCGCUAGUGGUUUUUUUGCCCCAUCAUUUACUUGUUAAAAGCAAUUGUUACGACUUGAUGUAUAAUAAGGCUACACAGGGUGCUUUAGAAAUCGGUUAACUCGGACUGUUUGUUGCGUGUGUAUGUGUGUAUGUGUGCGUGUGCGUGCGUGUGUGUGUGUGCAUUUAGUUUUUAGGAGUCACUUUCGGGAGCGGGAGUGGGACAUGAGGAAAAUGAAUGGAAAUCAGAUCUCGUAUCAAUCGAAACCAUUGCAUAGAUUCGCAACCAAAGUACAGAAACACACUCGCCUGCAUGUACACAAUAGAAGAACAAGAAGAAGAAGAAGUAGAAGAAAUACACAAACAAAUAUGUCCUACAAUUCCUGCUCUCUAUUACGCUAUCAGAAUAGGUGUUUAGGAAGCCGGUGGACAGUGCACAGACAAACGAACUCUCUCGGCCUGUGUCGGACGGUAGCAUCACAGCAUCGGUGCCAGGGUAGUAAGCUUUGCGCAUUCCGUCUCUGCCGCAAGGGCAGACGUUUGCGAAAUCUGUCUGUGUGUAAAUAGAACUGAUAAGCGAGCUUUGUUUCGUUCUUAUGAACCCACUAAACAGCUAAUUCAGGUGAAUAUUAGUCAAUCAUGUGCUCUACUGUUUAAACAAAAAUUAAGGAAGCUAUCAAUACACUGUACACUGUGUACACUCUGAUGAGCUAGGAAGUGAGACAUUUUUCGUGCGCAUCCUUCAGCCAACGUCCGGAGUGAUGCUUCCAGUGAGUUCUCGUUCCGGAUAGUGCCGGAAUGCUAUUGUUCUGAAUCUGUUUCCAUCCAUUUCGAGCCGUUACGUGAAUGUUAGUAUUUAGGGGCUCAGUAUCUAUCUAAAACCUAAAAUAAAGUUUGUUGUUUCCGUUCCGCGUCGUAAGGGACUGGUGGAAGGCUGUGGUUUGACUGCUCGUGGUCAAACUGGUCACAAACGCGCUUUCAAUGUCUAUCAGUAAUAGGAGUACAAUAAUGAUUACUAUACUCCUGUCCGGCAAUCGAAAGGGUAUUCCAUUCGCUCCUUCCCUCAGCCGUAACCGUAUCCAGGCCGUGCCGUGCGUGGUCUUUAUGGGGCUGAGGAUACAAGGGAGGGAAAUCCUUGCUCAGACUACUAGAAACUAUAUCGAAAAAUCGUAAUCGCACCAAAACCCUCCUAUCUGUACACUUUCUCCGUAGUUUGCUAGCGCCCUUACUGCAGGACCCGCCUCUAGUUCCAUGAUGUAGUGUCACUGCUACCGGUGCAUUAGUCAGCGCAUAAAAAAGGAAUAAAAAUGAAACGGAAUGAAACCAAACAUAAAAAAAAAAAUCACCCCGCCUCACCCUCACCAAACGACGCACAGCCACACACGAACACGCUCACUAUAGCAAAGCAUACCUACACUAUGUCUAUGCAUAUUUGACCUAAUUAGAUAGCGCCUUAGAAAAAGAAAGCAAGCGACACAAGCGUCGGAACGACGCUUGCAAGCCCGCCAUGGGGAGGUUAGUUCUACGGACGAACGCGUGUCCAAUGCUUACGAUUAACCGAAUCAACGAUGAUUAUUUAACUGUUACUGAAUUGUGCGUGUGCGAGUGCAUUUUCUACUUCAGUUGAACGCUUCCAUCGUUAAACAGUACCACGCGCUGGUGGUGCCAAUGGUGUGACUUUCGUUGAAUCGCUCUGAAACAAACGCACUGAUCGUGGCGCGAUCCUUCGUGCGCCGACACGUAUCCGGGUGUGCCUGGCCGGUUGCAGUCGUUGCCUGCAAUGGUUAGUUUGCACGAAAUGAGCGCAAACGUGCGAGGAAUAUUGUGUUCAACUUUACUGACGACAGCAAUACGAAAGUCUGUGUGCGAUAAAAACUAGAGCAAACGGUAGGGGAAAGAGGAAAACAAUGCUGAAGUGAAGCUUCCUACUCCGUGACAAAUAAACCCACAAAAAAGAAAGAAGGAAAAAAAGAAAACAGCAAACAUACAAUAGACCAUUCAACACAGCAGAAGAAAACGAAACAAACAAACUAACAAACCAACCAACCAACCGGACAACAGACUUAGCAACAGCGUAUUAUUGAUGCAUAGUGUGUGCCGAUAUAGCAGGUGAUUUAUACUUCUAGAUUAGUGUACUUAACUUCAUACACAAAUAUAUAAAUAACAUACAUGCAUAUGGGAGGAUAGAAGAAAAAAAUACACUCACACACACAUGCUGUGGAGAUGUAAUGCAUGACUAAGCUUAGAGCGCGCGGCAUAAUUAGGCAAACCAUCAAGCUAAACAAGGGACAGGCUACCAUUGCAUUGCAUGAUAAACGCUAAAUUGAAUCGAAAUAGUCGUUAUAUUUUCUAAGUGUAUUGAGAUUGUAAGAUACUAAACGUUUCGCUGCCUCUGUUCCCAUAGUGCAUAGUCGGAUCGGAUUAGGUUUUUUGUCUCUCUUUCUCUCCCCCUCUUCGGUAUGUCUGUGUGUAUGUGUGUGUGUGUGUGCGUGCUGGGCUGCCCCUUUCUGAGUGGAAGGCGACCACCCCCAACCAGUACCGCAACAACCAAUGACUAAGAGAUGCAAUAGUGCGCACCACCGAUGCGAUGGAAGUGUAAACACUAAAUAGUUAACCCGGAAGUCAGUCGCCGAUCUAGUGCACAGCAACACAAACAAACAAACAAACAAGCAAAACAAACAGUAAUUCACAACAAACCGGAAACACACAACUCGGCAGUAUUGUUUCACAGGAAGAUAACAUUCGAGCCAGUGAGUUUGGACACACGUACACAGACAGCGAAAGCAGUGAGUAGGAAAAGAAAGUAAGCAAACAAACAAACAAAUAACACAAUGAGCAUUAUAAGGAUGCAAAGUGUGCUGUUUGUGUGAGUGUGUGUGUGAAGAAAAACCAAACCAAAAAAAAAAAUAAUGCAAACAAACGUCAAGGGUAGAAUCCUUUUUUUAUAGAUUUUUCAAAAAACUGACAAAAAAUCAUACAAAAAUAACUACUUCAGCUAGAGUAAUAAUUUAGUACGUAUAUAAGGUAUGUGGAAAUGCUAUACAAUUGUACAUAGGUCGUAAAUUAAAUCUCUGAAAAUUAUCCGUGCAUUUGAGUAAAAGGAUCAGUGGAACGUAAUGCGGAGAGAGAGAGAGAGAGAGAGAGAGAGAGAGAGUGAAACAAGGAAAGUCAAAGUAAUAGGAUAGUAUCUACGGGAGAGUGGCGUACGGUGAAGGACAAGCUGAGCUCUGUAAAAAAAACAGAAA